AUGUGGAGUGGUCCGUCAGGAGGUUCGAUGGCUGGUGCAUCUGUUGGCGGUACGCUAGCUGCUCCUCAGAUGUCACCCGCAUUUGGACCGAUGUCAUCCGAUUACGGUAUGGUUCCGAUGGGUGCUCGGAAUCAAGCGGAAACAAUGCAAAUGCAACAAUCAUCGAUGCGAUAUCAGCAAUACAUGCAAGGUCAAAUGCCUUCUCCCUCGUUCGUUUCACCGAACCAUAUGCAGCAGUCUUACCCGGCAGAACCGGCGGGAUCAAGACCUGGCUCGUACAUGGGGCCACAAUGUGUACCAACAAGUUCGUAUGUUGGAAAUCCUGGCUACGGGCAGGCGAUGUUUGAUAGCGGAAAUUAUAACCGGCCGCAUCCACAACAGAUGAUGAUGGCAUCUGGCUCUAAUAUGCAAAUGCAGUAUCGAUGCCAGCAACAAUUUGCCACUGCUCAACAAAUGCGGUCGUACAAUCAACAGCAACAGCUUAUGCAGAUGCAGCAGCAUAACUCAGGUAUUCAGCAACAACAGCAGCAAGCUGUUGAUUCGCCAAUGUAUCCAACGGCAAUUCCAAGUGCAACACAGCGCACACCUGGAAUGUCACAACCGAUGAUGCCUUCGCAAGUCCGUGGGAUGAUGAUGCCCGGCUAUAAUGCAAAUAUGAUGUCAUCUUCCGGUGAUUUCAUUCGAGCUCGGGCACCCGGUCCAGUUAGCCCUGCCUAUGCUAGUGGUGCCCCUUCCUUUCCCCAGCCUGCUAAUCAGUCAGUGAUUCGUGGUUCCACCACUGUUAAUGUGCUUUGCAGUAAAAUCUUAUCCUUCCAGAUCCGUGCUGGUCCUCCCAUGCUCUAUUCCCAAAUGCAAAAUGACAUAACACGGCAGCAAGUUGUUGCCUACCCAAAUCCGAAUUCUAAUUUUCGUGAUUCAACAGACGGUGUAGUUCGGACAGCACCUCCUUACCCAUUUACAGAGAAUAAAAUGGCAUUUUGUGAAGAGGUAACGGUGAUCGAACAGUCUAUUGUUUUCAGUCGUGACUCAAAUUCUGUUGAUUACAUCUUCAUCAUUCCGGAAGAAAAAUUUUUACAGUUGCGAAGAGGCGAAAUUGAUAUACAACUCAAAAGCAAUAUGAUUAAUAAUGUCGGAGAAAUUAUGCAGCAUAAUGUUUGGCCAGCACCUCCAGAUGGCAGUAGAGACGAUGGGAUUUCAAAUAUAUCUGUAUGCUCAGUAUAUUUAAAUUCCGUUAGGGUCGAAAUUAUGGAUAUCAAUAGGGCGCUGUACCUAGGCAAUUAUUGUCAAAAAGCAACAAACAAAUUGGUCAUUAGUUCCUCCAGUUGCUUUAAUUCGCACUCUUUUACAUUGCAAUAUAUACGCUGGAAACCUGUCCAACAAGUAAUGAGCGAAAUAUUCAAACAGAGGAGGAUGGAUUUAAUGGCUUCAAAACAAAAAGGCAUGCUCUAUAAUUUGAUUUUUAAUGCCAAAUUUAAUUCAUCUGUUUUCAAACUCAUUCAAAUGGACAUAUCGCAAUCACGUAUUCCAUUAUACUCGUUAGGACCACAACGAAUUAGAGCCCCAGCUCGAAGUGUUAACUGCAAGCAUACAGCUUGUUUUGAUCUGGAAACAUUUUUGAUGCAUAAUUUGGAAAACGAUUCGUUUGUUUGUCCUUACUGCAAAAUACGAUUCUCAUGGAACGAUUUUGAAAUUGAUCAGUUCAUUGCUCAAAUUCUUGCUGAAGCCGCUAAACGAGGCAAUGGAAAUGAGGUGAGAAUAGAUCCAUCUUCCGGUUGCUGGGAGAUUGUUGAUUCUCCGAUGAAUAUGUGUCAACAGCAGUCACAGCAACGAUCUCCUCCAUUUUCAAAAAAUUCUGUCCCACUUCCUCAAAGUUCUUCGGACGUGAUGACGAGUAGGUCUUUGAAACGAACAGGUGAAAAUGAAGGAGCUACCGGCUCAGCUGGAAGUGGUCCGUCACUGAAACGCAUCAAGUCAGAAUCAUUUGCUGCUACGGGAACCAAUGGAGGCCAGAGACAAGAUUUGCCGGCACAGUCACCGUUCAAUCCAGGUUCAGUGCCUCCUACAUCAACCACUUGGAUGCCCUCACCAAACGGCAGUUUUCCUGUUGUGAGUCCGUGUGGAACGUCAUUAAGCCCCACAACGAUGCAGCCUGCUCAGCAGCAACAACAGCCAUCGCAGCAACAACAAUCACAACAACAAUUUAGUGCUUCAUCCGUUCCUAGCAAAUAUACGGGUCCUGAUACUCCAGUUACUCCUGGUAGUGGUCAUAACCCAGCCUCUGUUGGGCCGUCAGUUAGCCCUGGUGGAACACAAUUACAGACCGUUAUGCAUUCUCAAGGAAGUGUAGAAGCUGUAUCAGUAGCUGGUUCAGCUCCAUACACACCGGCAUCAGUCAGUUCGUUGAACAGUGGGAAUCACUGUGGUAUGCCGGCAUCAUCAAUAGCAAAUAAUGAUACUAGCGUUUCAUCAGUUGCCGGGAAUACGAGUAUCAGUGAUAUCACGUGCAGCUUGAGUGCAAGUGCUUUUGAAGACGUGCUUGAAGAUCUUAUCUACACAGACGUUAAGAUUUUACUCUAUAUCACAUCUUCGGCAUCAGAAAUGGAAAUGUACUUAAGAGAUGAACCGCUUGCACCAGUAAGCGCAAAAACUGCAUCUAAAGAGGAGGAUCCUCCACGAUCAAUUAAUGAUGAUCAAGACUGGCUUGAUUUUGCUCAAGUUAUUGCUAAGGAAGCAUAGCU